ACAAGGCGUGGGGAGGGGGGGGUGGUGUCCCCGGCCGGCUCGGGGGUUGCGUUGCCCGGAGACAGAAAGUUUGGGAGCCAGAACGGGUUCGGCGGCGGCCCAGGGAACGGGGUCCAGGGGGCGGCGGCCCUGGGGAUGGGGAAGGAGCAGGAGCUGCUGGAGGCGGCCCGCACCGGACACCUCCCGGCCGUGGAGAAGCUGCUGUCCGGGAAGCGGCUCUCCUCAGGCUUCGGGGGCAGCGGCGGCGGCGGCGGCUCUGGAGGCGGUAGCGGCGGCGGCGGCGGCUCUGGAGGUGGCGGCGGCGGUCUUGGCUCCUCGAGCCAUGCCCUGUCCAGUCUGCUCAGCAUUUGGAGAGGGCCAAAUGUGAACUGUGUUGACAGCACUGGGUACACACCUCUGCACCAUGCUGCUUUGAAUGGCCAUAAGGAUGUGGUCGAGGUUCUUCUGAGGAACGACGCGCUGACCAACGUGGCUGACUCUAAAGGCUGUUAUCCACUGCACUUGGCAGCCUGGAAAGGAGACGCCCAGAUAGUGCGAUUGCUCAUCCAUCAAGGGCCCUCACACACCAAAGUCAAUGAACAGAAUGCUCUUGAGAUCAAAGAACUCAAAAAGUACGGCCCCUUUGACCCUUAUAUCAAUGCCAAGAACAAUGACAACGAGACGGCCCUGCACUGCGCAGCGCAGUACGGCCACACUGAGGUGGUGAAGGUCCUCUUAGAGGAGCUGACUGACCCCACCAUGCGCAACAACAAGUUCGAGACGCCUCUGGACCUGGCCGCACUCUACGGGAGGCUGGAGGUGGUGAAGAUGCUCCUCAACGCCCACCCUAACCUCCUGAGCUGCAACACUAAGAAGCACACCCCUCUGCACCUGGCAGCGAGGAAUGGCCACAAAGCCGUGGUACAGGUCCUCCUGGACGCCGGCAUGGAUAGCAGCUACCAGACGGAGAAGGGCAGUGCUUUGCAUGAGGCUGCUUUGUUUGGCAAGACCGAUGUGGUGCAAAUCCUGCUGGCUGCAGGAAUUGAUGUCAACAUAAAGGACAACCGGGGACUGACCGCACUGGACACCGUCCGGGAGCUGCCAUCUCAGAAGAGCCAGCAGAUAGCGGCACUCAUCGAAGAUCACAUGACUGGAAAAAGAAGUGCAAAAGAGGUAGACAAAACCCUUACACCCCAGCCACCUCUCAUCUCCAACCUGGACUCUAUAUCCCAGAAGUCUCAGGGUGACCUGGAGAAAGCAGUGACUGAACUGAUCAUCGAUUUUAACACCAGCACAGAAGAGGAGGGUCCCUAUGAGGCGCUGUACAAUGCUGUCUCCUGCCAGUCCCUGGACAGCACGGCCAGUGGACGCUCGUCCGACCGGGACUCUGUGAGCAGGGAGGCUGAGGCGGCCGGAGGGAAAGCUGCUGGAGUGAGGCCUAGGGAACGUCCUCCGCCUCCAGCAAAACCACCACCUGACGAAGAGGAAGAAGACCACAUAGAUAAGAAGUAUUUUCCCUUGACAGCUUCUGAGGUCUUGGCCAUGAGACCCUGGGUUCAGGGGAGCCCAGCCAAGGAGGAGGAUGAACACCCUUAUGAGCUGCUGCUGACAGCAGAGACGAAGAAGCUGGUGUCUGUGGACGGGAAGACAAAAGACCACAGGCAGAGCAGCGGUGGCCGGAGCCAGGACUCUGCGGAGGGGCAGGACGGGCAGGUCCCGGAGCAGUUCUCAGGUCUCCUCCACGGCUCCUCCCCGGUGUGUGAGGCGGGGCAGGACCCUCUCCAGCUGCUCCCUGCCCCUGGCCAGAACCAUCGAGAAGGGUCUCCUGCGCAGGGUGCCUGCCCCGAGGAGAUGCAGCUGGAGCAGACAGGCAGGCGUGUGUCCGGAGCCUCCCUGCCUCGCGUGCUGGACCAGAGUAGGAGAGCGGGCCACCCGGCAAGCCUGCCCCCCGCCCACAGCCAGACGCACCCCAAAACUUCAAUGCGCACGGCCUUUCCACGCCCUGGGGGCGCCGAGGAGGAAGGUGACCCGAGCGGGGCCAGGAGCCGAGCCCCUCCCACCAGCAGACCCAAGGCUGAGCUCAAACUCAGCCGCAGCUUGUCCAAGUCUGACUCUGAUCUCCUGACCUGCUCCCCAACGGAGGACGCCACGAUGGGGAGCCGGAGUGAGUCCCUCUCCAACUGCAGCAUUGGGAAGAAGAGGCUGGAGAAGUCGCCCUCCUUCGCCUCUGAGUGGGAUGAGAUUGAGAAGAUCAUGAGCUCUAUUGGAGAAGGGAUCGACUUUUCUCAGGAACAGCAGAGGAUCUCAGGUGCGCGGCCGCUGGAACAGAGCGUCGGGGAGUGGCUGGAGGCCGUGGGGCUGCAGCAGUAUGAGAGCAGGCUGCUUCUCAACGGCUUCGACGAUGUCCGCUUCCUGGGGCCUAACGUGAUGGAAGAUCAGGACCUGCGGGAAAUCGGCAUCAGCGAUGCGCAGCACAGGCGGAAGCUGCUCCAGGCCGCACGGUCCCUGCCCAAGGUGAAGGCGCUGGGCUACGACGGGAACAGCCCCCCGUCAGUGCCCUCCUGGCUGGACUCGCUGGGGCUUCAGGACUACGUCCAUUCCUUCCUGUCGAGUGGCUACAGCUCCAUUGACGCUGUGAAGAACCUCUGGGAGCUGGAACUUGUCAACGUCCUGAAGGUGCACCUGCUCGGCCAUCGCAAGCGCAUCAUCGCCUCCCUGGCGGACAGACCCUACGAGGAGCCGCCCCAGAAGCCCCCACGGUUCUCCCAGCUGAGAUGCCAGGACCUGUUCUCGCAGACGUCGUCGCCGCUGAGCCAGAACGACUCCUGUGCCGGGCGGUCAGCUGACCUGCUGCUGCCUCCUGGGGACGCGGGCAGGCGGCCGCACGACAGCCUGCAUGAGCCUGCGGCGCCCUCUCGGGCAGAGCGCUUCAGAACCCAGGAGGAGCACCGAGAGACCAAGCUGACCCUCCGGCCCCCCAGCCUGGCCGCCCCCUACGCCCCUGUGCAGAGCUGGCAGCACCAGCCAGAGAAACUCAUCUUCGAGUCCUGCGGUUACGAAGCCAACUAUCUGGGCUCCAUGUUGAUCAAAGAUCUGCGAGGGACAGAAUCCACACAAGACGCCUGUGCCAAGAUGCGGAAAUCCACAGAGCACAUGAGGAAGAUCCCCACCAUCAUCCUGUCCAUCACGUACAAAGGGGUCAAGUUCAUCGAUGCCUCCAACAAGAACGUCAUCGCAGAGCAUGAGAUCCGGAAUAUUUCCUGCGCGGCCCAGGACCCAGAGGACCUGUGCGCCUUUGCCUACGUCACCAAGGACCUGCAGACGGGCCACCAUUACUGCCACGUCUUCAGCACGGUGGAUGUGAACCUGACCUAUGAGAUCAUCCUGACGCUGGGCCAGGCGUUCGAGGUGGCGUACCAGCUGGCCCUGCAGGCCCAGAAGUCCAGGCCGGUGGGGGCCUCUGCCGCUGAGGUGAUCGAGACCAGAUCUUCCAAGCCGGUGCCGAAGCCCCGGGUGGGCGUGCGGAAGUCAGCGCUGGAACCACCUGACACGGACCCCGACGCCCAGUCCCACGCCAGCGUCUCCUGGGUCGUGGACCCCAAGCCAGACUCUAAGCGGAGCCUCAGCACCAAGUACGAGACCACUAUCUUCUAAGCCCCGCCUCCGCUAGUCUCUCGUGCCUUCCAGCGCCUCUCUGCUCUUCUCAGCGCUCCUUCCGCCCGCUGAGGCCAAGGCCCACCCUCGCCCCGGGCCUCUCCUCCCGCGCCAGCUCUCCCCGCCACCGGACACUGUGAAUCCCACCUUGGUCGAGGACGGCUUGGCGGGGAGGGGGGGGCGAGUUGCCUUUGAGGUGGGGCAGCGGGAGGGCGUCGGCGGGCAGGCUCGCUGGACCCCGAGAGAGGCCGGCUCCAAGCAGCGGCCCCCCCAACGGGGCGGGGCUCCCUGCGGCUCCUCCCGCAGCUUGAGUCCCGAGCUGCCGAGAGCUCGCCACGCCUCUCCCGACACAACCAACCACUGUGACCGCCUGGGGCCGGAUCCCCUGCACCCAGCUCACGCUGGCCCGCGGCUUGUCUUCCUGCCGUGAGACCUCAGCUGGGCCGCGGUCUGCCCGCUGUGAGGCCCCUGGGGCACAUGCCUGGCUCCAAAGCCUGCGGCUCUGAACACCUAGACACCCACAGGCUGGCUCCACGCGCCUGGAGUCUUUGUCUCGGGGGUCUUGAGCUGCAAGGAAUGGGAUGGCUCCUCACGCCCUGGCCAGGGAGUGACAGGCGGGCGGAAGAGGAAGGCCGCCCUGUGGGACCCGCAGGAGGGGGUCAGUGCCCUGGACCUCCUCCCUUCGGGAUGCCGCCGCCCGAGGGCGGGGACCUGGGCCGGGCAGUGCUUGCUGGCGCUACUCCGUGGUGUGGGGGUCAGGGCUCAGCAGCGGGGAAGGCGGCGCGCCCUUGGGCGGGGAGCCGUGGUUCCGUGGGGGGGAGCACAGCACGGAGCGCGACUCGGGGGCACCGCCGCUCAGCGGCGGCGGUUCCUUUAGAGCCGAAACCCAGUGGACAAGCCAAGGUGGGUCUCCUGCCUCCUGCCCUCGUGCCUUCCGAGCAGAUGCCUGAGCCACAGAGGGUGCUCGGGGAGGCCGCGAGGGACCUUCUGCUCUGCCUCCCUGUUUCCUCUCCGUCUUCUCCACUGUGUGCAGCCCCUUUGGUUAACCUUUUCCUCCCCCCGUUGUGUUUGCUUCUGCCAAGCUGAGCCACCGAGGAACCGACUGUGCUGCAGAAACAGCCGUGCGGAGCGCAGGCUCCCGCCACCGCCGCUGCCACCGCCGCCUCACCUGCAUUGGAGACCCAGGCCCACCUCUGCCCGCAGGACUCCUCCCGGCUGUGGGCCCGGGCCCGCCGCCAGGCCUCAUGGAGGGAGCCCUGCCCCGGUGCCGAGCAGCCCUCCAGCCUCUAGCAGAUGAGACUGGGACUCCAGAGGCCCUAGAAGUGACUUGUCCAGAAAACGUUUUUUAAUAGAAAAAAAUUUUUUUAUAAAAUUAACUUUUAACACUUGGCUCAAACCUCUAGGUUAAACUGCCAAUCUUUAGACCAGUGGCCAUACGGUCCGAGGGUCUGUCCUCAGGCCGGGGCAUGGACGCGCUUGGGCAGCUCCAAGAGGAGGCGCUGGGUGAACCGAGUGGCCCGACAGCUGCCCCCUUCAGCCGCUGCUCCUUUCUGAGCUGCACACAGUUUCUCGUCCCCGCCCGGAGCCGAGCGCGGCUGUGGCGGCUUCCACUCCAUCCCCGGCGGGCCGAGCGUGGAGGUCGAGCCAGGCACAGGACGAGCAGGUCUCGGGCCGCCGUGGUCCGAACACCGCCCUGGCCUGCAGGCCACGGGCCCUCCAGUGACCUCAGGCCGGCCGAGUCGGAUCAGAAAGGAGAGGAAGCAGCUGUGUUGGUCUUGGGCAUUAACUGGUAGGUCAGCUGAGGCGGCUGCCUGCAGGUGUGUGAUUUAUCUAAUCAGGUGUGUAUGAUUAGGACUCACUUUUCUGACUGUUGUCCUUUCAGCUCUGGGCUCACCCCAGGCUCUGAGGGUGGAGAAGGCUGGGCGAGGAGGCAGUUUGCUCCCCCAGCGUGGCCUCCAGGGCCUGCAGUGCCGCAGCCCCAGCCAGCCUGCUGGCUGGCUUUGCUUUGCGCCUUUGGUUGCGUCGCCCCUCCUGGAGGCGGUAGAAUGGGAGGAUCUUGUUCACUAGGGCUGGACCAGGUCAGCUGUGUGUCUAGCAGCUCCCAGAGCAGAGCCUUUCCUCCCCAAGCAGGCCCUUUGCUGGCGCGGUGCAGUCGGUCCUGGGGUCAGUAGGUCCAAGGCCUUGGCAGCACCCCACCCACCGGCCGGGAGCUCCGGGGGCGGCCCCCUGCACCGUCCACACCACAGGCCCAGGGGGUCGCCCUUACUCUGGGAUGGAGACAGGUGGUCCUGCCCUUUUGGUACUAAACAAGGACCUCAACACCCAAGUCUGACUUCAUGUCCUGCUGCUCCCGGGGCCUGACGGUUCUACUGUGCAGUAUUCAGCCCAUCCUUCGUCCAGGGAUGGACAAGGAGCCCAAGCUAGGUUGGGGAGGCUGCUGGUCCGGCCACAGCACACCUGCUGUGCCCUCUUCCUCCUGAGGAAGGCCGGUCUCCUCUAAGUAGGCCCCUCGUGGUGGGUGGUGGAUCCAUAAAGAAAACUGUAGACACUACGAUGAGUUCCUCAAGCUGUUUUUUGUUUUUAUGUCCUAGGUAGGUGUCUCCUCCUCUUGAAGCUGCUAUAUCUUUUUUAUUUAUUCAGGGUGUUUUCAUAUUUGAAAGCCUUGGCUAAUCUGCUCUGGAUUUUGAGAUUGGUUUAUUUCUCAGUAGUCAAAAAGGGAGGGGCUAGAUCUUUUUUACUCCUCCUCUGGGACAGGUACUCUCCCUUCCCUGGAAAGAAAUAUUAUAACAUUGAGGACAGGCUUCACAUGGAGAAGCCUCGCUUCUGCACGCGAGCGCAGCCCCGUUCUGAAGUGUGCAGGCCCUUCAGGCCGGACUCGAGAUGGGGGCGCUCUCUGGUCUGCCCUCCUCCUCACAGCUGCUCCUAGUGAGCGGGGCUUCCUUCCAGACAGGCUCUGCCUCUGCGAUGCUCACACCCCUCCAGGGCCUCCAGUGCAGCUCUGGGAGUCCCUUGAGAAGCCUGGGGCUGAGCAGGCUGGUCUGCCCUCAGCCUGUGUAGGGGGGGCCCAGGCCUGCAGGACGACUGUCAGACGCAGUUCACAAAGUGUUGUUGCUAACGGUGUGGCAAUGGGACUGAAUUGUAAUAAAAUGUUAUUUAAUCUGUCUGUAUUUUGAUACUUGAAUGACUUCCCCUUCUAUUUUACUGUACAUAUAAUUGUUAAUCUGUCCGAUUUUGUCUAAAUUACGAACAUCUUGUGGUACCAAGCGUAACCGACCUGUGCGACAGCAGACUGACCUCACUACAUGAGAGAGUGUAAAUAUUCCUGGGCUUUUGGCUUUGGUUUUGUUAUUUUCGUAACUGUACAACUUAGAACAGGCUGAAUUAAUAAAUGAGAAGUGACAUGAAACCAGC